UCGGUCAAAGGUAACGUAUCGCACUAUCUCUGCGUGAGCAUGCCAUGAACAAAAAGGCGUCUGCUAGAACUGUAAGCGCUCUACCGAGUCGAGGUUUUUUAGUAGCCCGCUACUCUCCCGUACGUUGCCGACGACACUCCGGUGAUAUUUUGCCCAAGGCCCGAUGUCCUGACUUUGUCUUUCUGAAGGUCAUAUUAAGUGUCAUUUGAGCUGCAAACAUGGCGAAUUUCGUGAAUAUUUUCGAGUCUGUGGGCGGUGUAUUUGGAGAGAUGACAUUGGCGACAAUGAUUCUUGUUUCAACGAUCUUUGUCCUUGGAAUUGCAUGGGCUUUUAAGAGUCUUCUUGGACCACAAAACAAGGACAUUAAACUCCCCCCUCGUCUGCCGGCCGGUAUUCCAUUCCUUGGCCAAGCAGUGGCUUUCAACCAGAGUCCUAUUGACUUCUUGGAGAAUGCCUAUGAAAAGUAUGGAGAUGUAUUCUCCUUCACGAUGGUCGGCAAGACCUUCACCUACCUGAUUGGAUCGGAGGCCAGUGCUCUCCUCUUCAACAGCAAGAAUGAGAACCUGAACGCGGAAGAAGUCUACAGCAAUCUUACCGUCCCUGUCUUCGGGAAAGGCGUGGCGUAUGAUGUCCCCAAUCCAGUGUUCUUGGAGCAGAAGAAGAUGCUUAAGACUGGUCUCAACAUCCAGCAGUUCAAGAGACAUAUACCACUGAUAGAGGAGGAAACGAGGGAGUACUUCAACAGAUGGGGGAACAGCGGUGAAAAGAAUCUCUUUGUUGCUUUAUCUGAGCUGAUCAUUCUGACUGCUAGCAGAUGUCUGCAUGGGAAGGAGAUCCGGAGUGUAUUGAAUGAGGAGGUAGCUCAGCUGUAUGCGGAUCUUGAUGGUGGGUUCACCCAUCUUGCCUGGCUGGCUCCCAGCUGGAUACCAUUCCCAAGCUUUCUAAGGAGAGAUAGAGCUCAUAAGAAAAUCAAACAAAUAUUCUACAAGGCCAUUGCCAAACGACGUGAGACCGGAGUUGAAGACGACAUGCUCCAAACGCUGAUUGAGUCUCGUUACAAAUCAGGGCGCCCCCUAUCUGAUGACGAGAUUGCAGGGAUGUGUAUAGGUUUGCUCCUAGCUGGUCAGCAUACUUCAUCUACAACCAGUGCUUGGUUAGGAUUCUUUGUUGCUAGGGAUAAAGAACUUCAGGAACGAUGUAUAGCAGAGCAAACCAAAGUGUGUGGGGAUAUAUCAGCACCGGUCACAUAUGAACAGCUGAAAGACAUGCAGUUACUGGACAACUGUGUCAAGGAGACACUGAGACUGAGACCACCAAUCAUGACCAUGAUGAGGGUUGCUAAAUCUUCCUUGACCUACAAGGGCAUGACCAUUCCUGCUGGCCAUCAGGUGUGUGUGUCACCAACGGUCAAUCAAAGAUUGAAGGACAACUGGAUGCCAGGACCUAAGGAUUUCAACCCAGACAGGUUCCUUGACGAGAGCAAAUCCAACAGCGAGAAGUUCUCCUACGUACCCUUCGGGGCUGGCCGUCAUCGAUGCAUCGGAGAGAACUUUGCCUACGUUCAAAUCAAGACCAUCUGGUCCGUCAUGCUGAGGAUAUUCGAGUUCGACCUGGUCGAUGGCUACUUCCCCGACAUCAACUACCAAACCAUGAUCCACACCCCUCUUAAUCCCAUAAUCCGGUAUAAACGCAGGGAGGAACUAUCGUGAGCAAGGGGUGGAUUCGGAAGCCCGUUAUUGUGUCUAGCUCGUGCAUCAGUAUUGUUCUUGAGUCUGUUGUAGGGUGUGUUUUGAAUUGUGAAUGGAUGGUCUGUGAUAGCAUAGCUACUAAUUCCUGAAAGAAAUAGCAAGAAUGGAUGCUCUUCAACACUGUUAUGUCUUUUUCGCAAUUUUAACAAUGGAGGACAUGUUACCACCUGUAUUGUAUUAAGAAAUGCCUAUUCAAACAAACGGUAUUUCCAUGGAUGUUAAAUUAUUCAUUGAUGGACAUUUUAUAAAUUCUUAUUUAUGCCACCACCCUCAAGGUUUCCUGAGUAUCUAAAUCAAUCAGUUCAUUCCCACAAGUUGAUUUUCUAGUAAAUCCAUUAACUACUGAAUUCUGAAAUUCACAUAGACUUUGUAAAUGGACCAUUCUGAUUAAGUAAGCAUUUGGUUAAUAAUGAAACAGAGAGCUUGAUGUUGUGUAGUGUGUGAUAUACUACCUCAAUGAUGACGGCCCUCCCUCCUUUGCUUAUAUAGGAAAUAUAUAGGAAAAUGAUAUUUAUGUUCCCAGCAGUUACACACAUAUUAAUAUGUGGUGUAUGGUUAUUGUAUUUGACACUUCACUUUAAAAGUAUUAUGCUAAUAGUUUCUGGGGUUUUUUUUGCAAAUUUUUUAAGCAAAUGUGGUAUAAAGAUAUAUAUGCACAUAUUAUUAACAUUGAAGUGAAGUUUAACCAUCCAUUUGCCCAUGAAUAUGAUUUACAUGUUACAAAUCCUUGGCAGCUGCUGUAAUGAAAACUUGCACUUAAGGAAAGUCCUACCACAAUAGUAUAUAUUGGUGUUUUCUGUCUUUAAAGUGCACAAAUUAUAAUUAUCCCCCUCUCCCCUCCCCCCCCAUAAAGGUGAAGUUAUGGAUGGGCGUUCCUUGAAUCAUGAAGUGAAUGUAUGCUGCUUUUCAGGUGAAACCCCAAAUCUAGGACAAGCACUGAAAAUAAAAGUUGAUAUAUCUACUAUACCUUGGCAAGAUUAUUCUAAGGGGGGGGGGGGGGGUGAUCUUCCGUUGUAUUAUUAAUAUGCAGGGUCAUCAGGUAUUUCAAUCAAUUGCAGGAUUAUUUGUUUUUUCUUUGAAAUAUUGGCAUUUCAUAGAUUAAAUCAACUUGAAAAAUUAUUAUUUUCUGAAAGCUAGAUGGUUUUUACUUAUUCUUUGCAAAAGAGAUAAAGUUGUGCUCAAAAGUUAGUAAACCCCACCACAAAAUGCACUCUUUCAUGCCGAAUGAAGACAACAGCACUACAAUGUUGGCAAGCCAGAGAAAUGAAGUUAUUGAAUGCAAUAUAUUCUAUCAGCCGACUUCACAAUUGUAUCUAAAACAAGGCAAAAUUAAGUGUCAUUUUAAUUUUCUGGUGGGGUAACUUUUGAGCACCACUGUGUAUGGUGGUAUGUUGCGUCAUAGUGAGAACCUGACCAAACUAUGUUUGGCAUCCAUGCACAAACAAAAUACUACUUCAUAAACAUAAUUUCCAUUUUAUGUGUAUUUUUCCAGCACAUUCAUUUAUUUCAGGAAUGUUGUAUUUUAACAUUUCCACAUUUGUUUACUUUUUUUCCCUGUAAACACAUUUUGUUUUAUAUCUUUGAAGGCACCAUAUAUAAUUAGACGUUCGUAUGAACGAGUGUCCAUAAGUGAAAAUAAAAUGACAUUAAACUACGAAUGCCUUUAGACUAGCAUAGCUACAACUUUACAAACAUGUAUUCAGGUGUGUGGGACUAAGUAAUUACUAUUUGAUUCUGGAUUUGUAAUACUAUAAAAAAAAAUCCCUCCAAAUUUGUAAAACGUUAACCGUACACCUCAUCUUGCGUAGUAAAAGGAAAAUAUGAAGUUUAUCAUCUUAUUGAUACCAAUAGGUGGAUAGAGCUUCCACGCACAUAUUUUGAGACCACCGGAAACAAAGUUCUACACCUUUUUUUCGCCAGUGUGUGUGCAUACGUGGAGUAAUUUACACAUUGGUGUGGCCCCAUACACUGUUGAGUAAUUUGCCGAUUCUUCUAUUGACAACUCGUCCACUCACCACAUGGUCUACCUUCAUCUAGUCUAAUGUGAUUCCGUCCAUCAACAUUCCAUUAACCGUUUGGUCCAAUUACCACUUUGUCUAAUCCCAUUUCGUCUCAUAACCAGUCGUUCUAAUAUCCAUUUCAUUUUCAUUAAUUUUGCACAAUUAACAGUUACUGUAGUCCAAUUAGACCAAGUGGCAUAUGGACUAGACCAACUGGUUAUUACAGGAAUUUGCAAUCAGACCAUGUGCAUAGUAGACCAAAUGAUAGUAGACGAGUUGACAAUUGGACAAAUUGGCAUUAGACGAAUUGGAAAUAAACCACUGUUUACUGUAUCAUGGAGUAGUUUCCCUUGGUCUCAGAGGUCGUGUGUACAAGCUCCACCCAGCUUAUGGAUAAUCAUGAUUGAUCUAGAUAUCAGGGGGGCGUUUCACAAAGAUUUAAGUAUUACUCAAAGUCGCACUUAAAUGUCUAAUUGCGCGCGAUAUAAAAGGCAUGACCGCAUUGGUCAGAUCAUGCCAAGAGGGCGGGCACUACUGCGUAUUGAUCAAUAAGAUUGCUUGCUCGUUGCAUAUUAUGUGCGCGUGGGCAUUUAAGUGCGACUUUAUUUAAAUCUUUGUGAAAAACCCCCCAGAUGUCAACUUGAAGGUAUACACAUGAAUUAUGUCUGGAUCAGAUUGAUGGCAAUUAGCGAUCAUUAUACUGUCCAAAUUAAAAAUGCAAUGUACAUUCUACUCUACCAGUCAGUUGAACAUGAACAAGAAUGUCCAUUGUCGUGAUAUUCCGUACGUUGUACACCUUCCCAAUAUGAUUUCCAUUCAAAAACAAAAUAGUGCCUGAAUAUUACAUGCUCUGAUCAACAGUUGAUCCAUUAUUUAAAAAAAUAAAAAAUUACCAAGACACUUUUAAUCUGCUUUACACAGCUAGGAAUAAAUCGUCUUUCAAACCUUUAAAAAAAGCUGGAGACCAUAUGAUAAAAGUGAAUCGUCCCUUGAAUUAAUAUACUCAUAUCUUUAAAAUUAUCAUGUAUCGUGGAAUACUUUUUUAAAAUACCAUAAAUAUAUCCAGUGAGUUGCAACUUAUAUUCCUUGAUUGUCAUUCAAAUAUACAAGAAAACUGAAAUAAGAGACUUAUUUUAAAUAUCAUAAAUUUCUUUUCUUAAAAUGAGACUACACAUUACAGUGGAAUACAGAAGCUACUUUAAAAGGACUUGGAAUUUUCUUCAUAAAUUAAACAACUUUUGGAAUACUAUGCUACUGAUGCUUUCCUACAAAGCCAAUAUAAUGUCAAAAUUGCACUGAUUAUCUCCCAUUUAUAUACAUUGAUAUUAAUAUUAUAUAAUCCUUUUCUUCAAUAUCCAUUGAAGUCUUGAUUAAACCAAGCUUUAUCAAUACUCCAGUUUACAAUACAGCAUGCAAAUAGCCCAUAAAUUGUAAAGUACAUAUGGAGGUUGCUUAAUAUACAGGAUAUAAUGGCUAUAUACAAGAAAAAAAGAUGCAGUAUAUUCAGUGGAAAAAAUGAGUGUACGAUUCAACCAGAGUGAAACAUAUGUUCAUACUAUCAUACAUAUUUUGAACAUUUCAUUUCUGAGAGCAUACAGUACACGUACUUACAAUAAGUGAGCCGAAGCUGGUGAAUACAAUUUCAUUUACAAAGUCAGUGCAAGACAUACUUUUGAAGGCAAUACUUAUAAACUGAGGUUAUAUUAUACCAUACAACAGAAUUAGAAAUACAAUAUAGGCCCUAUAUGUGAAGAAUGAAUUAACUUUGUUUUUAAAGCCUGUCCAGAGGUACAAAGCCCAUAAAAGUCUGAGCAAAUUGUUGCCCCCCCCCCAAAAAAAGGGGGGGGGGUUGAAGUUGUGAUCUGUCUGCAAUAACCUUACUUUGAUUAAUACAGUAUCCCAAGAAAGAUUUAUGUCAUUAUGAUAUCUGAAUUCAAGUCACACCUGCCCAUUUCACUCAGGGGACACAAAUGCUUUGUAAUGAUGCUGCAGUCACAAUUUGCCUUUAGUGCCAUAAUGGUGCCAAUUUGUUAAUUUCUAUGCAAAUCAGGUGCCUGUUCCUGGUACAAAAAUGAUAUUUUCAGCUGUUUUCAUCUCAACAGUAUGGCCAACAUAGUGAAAUGUGACUUCACCAGCAUCAUAAGCAAUCUACCCAACUCAGAAAUAUAUUUUUAUUCGAAAAAUAAUCCCACAACUUUAAUUUUCUACGAAGAUGACUUUACAAUAUGCUGCUUUUUCGUCAGAUUUCACUGAUAAUUUGCUUCUGGGAUUAUAUCCUGACGAACAGUUUUAAGUUAUCCUGAAAAUGCUCUUUUCCCUCUAGACUAUUGUACCUCUGUUUUCUUAUGUACAAAUUGAAUAAGGAACAGACAAUGACACUUUUUACCUACACAAAAAUGAAGUGACAAAAUUGUAAGGCCCGUAAGAAAAUAUAUCACAACCCCAUUUGGCAAACAAUUAGCAUAUAUAUACAGACACAACAUUUACAGAUUAGUGACAUCAUCAAUGAUUUCAUUCAUCACUCCAUACCUGUGCACAUAUAUUAUUUUGCAGGCACAAAACUGAUAUUGCAGUACGCCAUUGUGACACCCUGACAGUCACAAAAGCACAUAAAGGUUUUUAAAAAAAAUGUAAUGAGUGACACACACAUAAACAUGUACAUAAAAUGAAAAAAAAAAUCUUGUAGUUUUAUUGAGUUUUGUUACGAACUUGACACAUGCCAUGUGGGGUGUGAAGCACCUAGAAGUGUAGCAAUUUCAAUAUGAUUUCAGGGCAUAAGGGCCGGUAUCAUAAAGCCUAGUGACUGAUCACGGGACUGAUUUUUACAAUUGAUUAUACAUAAUAAUCAAUGCAAUCAGUCAUAGAGAUCAGCCCUACGAUCAAUUACUAACCUUUGUGAAACUGGGCCCAAGAUCUACUAUUUAGCAAAUAUUGCAUUGAUGUCAGGAUAACCUAUCGAAUCAUGUCCAUGAAUAGAUCUGUAUCAAUGCCCAAUAAAACACAUUUCACAAUGCGUAAGGCCCCCAUUUCCACAGAACGGAGACCAUUGAAAGACCACUGAAAGACUUAUAAUCGGUGAGGUCUUACAGCGGUCUUCAAGGUUACUGAAAUUUGUCAUCUCUGUGGAAUGGCUCCGAAAGACCCCUCAAAGAACUCUGAAAGACUGAUCCUAUAUUUCUUGUCUUACUGGUCUUAAAGUAGUCCUAUAGAGACCUUUCAAUGGUCUUUCAGAGAUCUUUCAUGCAACAAGUGAUCUUUCAGAAUUCUUUCCAUGGACUUUGCCUGGUCUUUGAAUGAUCUUUCAAUGAUCUCUCACGAGUCUUGCAGUGAUCUCUGCAAAAAUCUUGA